GAAGCCUGUAUUCCUAGCUUUGGAACAAAAGAUUACCAGAGAUAACUGAUGGAAAACAUAUUCCAGUUAUUGACUAAGCAGCCUCACCUUCACCCUGCAGCUAAUUGCAAGGUUAAAAACUGUAGUAAAAAUACCCAUAUUUAUGAACCAAUUUGGUUUAUUUCUGCUCCAGAUAAAUGAAGCAAUAUUCCAUUACCAUCUCUGACCAUGCUUUAUUUUUUUCUAUGUAUACUUGUUAUGACAAAAUCUCUUUCAUUUUAAUUAAAUUUUUUUAGAUACUAUCUUCAUAAAACUAGCACUCAGAGAGGCACAAUCAUUAUUUCUAACAGAAGAGGGUUAAUGCUUGUUAAAAAUGCUAGAGGAGCACUCAUCACUACUUAAGUUUUCUGUCUGCAAGGAGAGGAUCAGCAAGGGUUCCUCAGAUCUGCUUUUCCAGGGCAAUGUUCAUACCAAUUUAAAACCUGGCCUACAAAAGCGGGGGAGGAGUGCGAAAUCCGACUGAAAAUGAGCCAAAAUGUCUGAGAAAAUGUCCAGCUUUCUGUACAUCGGGGACAUCGUGUCCCUGUACGCGGAGGGCUCUGUCAACGGGUUCAUCAGCACGCUGGGGUUAGUGGAUGACCGGUGUGUGGUUCAGCCAGAGGCAGGUGACCUUGCUAAUCCUCCAAAGAAGUUCAGAGACUGCCUUUUCAAGGUGUGUCCUAUGAACAGAUAUUCAGCCCAGAAGCAGUACUGGAAAGCCAAGCAAGCCAAACAAGGAAACCAUACAGAAGCAGCACUGCUGAAGAAACUUCAACAUGCAGCAGAACUGGAGCAAAAGCAGAACGAAAGCGAGAACAGAAAGCUGUUGGGCGAAAUUGUAAAAUAUAGCAAUGUCAUACAGCUACUGCACAUAAAAAGUAACAAGUACCUCACAGUCAAUAAGAGAUUGCCAGCUCUGCUAGAGAAGAAUGCUAUGCGGGUGUCUCUGGAUGCUGCAGGGAACGAGGGAUCCUGGUUUUAUAUCCAGCCGUUCUGGAAACUGAGGAGUGAAGGUGACAAUGUUGUUGUGGGAGAUAAAGUUGUUCUCAUGCCAGUCAAUGCAGGGCAGCCUCUACAUGCCAGCAACAUUGAGCUUCUAGAUAACCCUGGCUGCAAAGAGGUAAAUGCUGUCAACUGUAACACAAGCUGGAAAAUAACGUUGUUCAUGAAAUUCAGUAGUUAUCGAGAAGAUGUACUGAAAGGAGGAGAUGUUGUUAGGCUGUUUCAUGCAGAGCAAGAGAAGUUUCUGACGUGUGACGAAUAUGAGAAGAAACAACAUAUUUUCCUUCGUACUACAUUACGUCAGUCAGCCACUUCUGCAACAAGUUCUAAAGCACUGUGGGAAAUAGAGGUUGUCCAUCAUGACCCUUGCCGGGGAGGGGCAGGACAGUGGAAUAGCUUGUUUAGAUUUAAGCAUUUGGCAACUGGAAACUACUUAGCUGCAGAGCUUAACCCACACUAUCCAGAAGGUAAUAAUGAAGGAAAAGCUUUGCAGAGAGACGGCGACCUUCCUGCUUCAAAGAAGAAACGCCAAGCAGGGGAGAAGAUUAUGUAUACUUUGGUCUCUGUGCCACAUGGAAAUGACAUCGCAUCUCUCUUUGAACUGGAUGCCACCACUCUUCAGAGAGCUGAUUGCCUGGUUCCAAGGAACUCAUAUGUCCGCCUGAGGCAUUUAUGCACUAACACUUGGGUCACUAGUACCAGCAUUCCAAUAGAUACUGAUGAAGAGAGGCCUGUGAUGUUAAAGAUUGGGACGUGCCAAACAAAAGAGGACAAGGAAGCUUUUGCCAUUGUGUCGGUUCCUCUGUCUGAGGUCAGAGACUUGGACUUUGCCAAUGAUGCAAACAAGGUUCUAGCAUCAACUGUUAAAAAGCUGGAGAAUGGAACGAUAACCCAGAAUGAAAGGAGGUUUGUAACCAAGUUACUGGAAGAUCUCAUUUUUUUUGUUGCUGAUGUGCCUAAUAAUGGGCAGGAAGUUUUGGAUGUGGUCAUUACCAAGCCAAACCGGGAACGACAAAAAUUAAUGAGGGAACAAAAUAUAUUGGCUCAGAUAUUUGGCAUCCUCAAAGCUCCUUUUAAGGACAAAGGUGAAGGAUCAAUGCUGAGACUUGAAGACCUAGGUGACCAGAGAUACGCCCCAUACAAAUACAUCUUAAGGUUAUGUUACAGGGUUCUCAGACAUUCCCAACAGGACUAUAGGAAGAAUCAGGAAUAUAUUGCUAAGAACUUCUGCGUCAUGCAGUCCCAGAUUGGUUAUGAUAUUCUGGCAGAAGACACCAUCACAGCUUUGUUGCACAACAACAGAAAACUGCUAGAGAAACACAUCACGGCUAAAGAAAUAGAGACGUUUGUUAAUUUACUCAGGAGGAAUCGAGAGCCAAGAUUCUUGGAUUAUCUAUCAGACCUGUGCGUAUCUAACACCACAGCAAUACCAGUAACUCAGGAACUCAUCUGCAAGUUUAUGCUGAGCCCAGGGAAUGCUGACAUUCUCAUUCAGACGAAGCUGGUUUCGACACAAAUGGACAAUCCCUUGGAAUGCCCAGUCAUCUCAGAUGACAUUGAUGAAGAGGAAGUGUGGCUUUACUGGAUUGACAGUAACAAGGAGCCUCAUGGCAAAGCCAUCAGACAUCUGGCUCAGGAGGCGAAGGAGGGCACAAAAGCUGAUUUAGAAGUUCUUACCUACUACAGGUACCAACUGAACCUCUUUGCAAGAAUGUGCCUGGACCGCCAAUAUCUUGCCAUCAACCAGAUUUCUGCACAGCUGUCAGUAGACUUGAUCUUGCGAUGUAUGUCUGAUGAAAGCCUCCCUUAUGAUCUCCGGGCUUCUUUUUGUCGGCUGAUGCUACACAUGCACGUGGACAGAGAUCCUCAGGAAUCUGUGGUACCUGUCAGAUAUGCCAGAUUGUGGACUGAAAUUCCUACUAAGAUCACAAUUCAUGAGUAUGAUUCUUUCACAGACUCUUCGAGGAAUGAAAUGAAAAGGAAGUUUGCACUAACUAUGGAAUUUGUAGAAGAGUACUUGAAAGAGGUUGUAAAUCAGCCCUUUCCUUUUGGAGACAAAGAGAAAAAUAAACUUACAUUUGAGGUGGUACAUCUGGCUCGAAACCUCAUAUACUUUGGCUUUUAUAGUUUUAGUGAGCUUCUCAGACUGACCCGGACGCUGCUGGCAAUUCUAGAUAUUGUUCAAGUUCCUAUAUCAUCAUACUUUGAAAGGUUGAGCAAGUUUCAGGAUGGAGGAAACAAUGUUAUGAGGACCAUCCAUGGUGUAGGAGAGAUGAUGACCCAAAUGGUGCUGAGCAGAGGAUCUAUAUUUCCCAUCAGUGCCCCUGAUAUACAGCCAAGCAUUCACCCAAGCAAGCAAGCCACCACCUCAGACAGUGAAGAUGUGAUCGUAAUGGACACCAAAUUGAAAAUCAUUGAGAUUUUGCAGUUUAUUCUCAGUGUUAGACUGGACUAUAGAAUAUCCUACAUGCUGUCUAUCUAUAAGAGAGAGUUUGGGGAAAACAAUGAAAACGUUGAUUGCUCUACAACAUCCCCGCCUGACACACCAGGGAUUGCCUCAGCAAUUGUUCCUGACAUAGACGAAAUUGCAGCUCAGGCUGAAACCAUGUUUGCUGGCAGAAAGGAGAAGAAUGCGGUUCAGCUUGAUGAUGAAGGGGGCAGAACUUUUUUACGGGUCCUCAUUCACCUCAUCAUGCAUGACUACCCUCCUUUGCUCUCAGGUGCUCUGCACCUGCUAUUUAAGCACUUCAGCCAGAGAGCAGAAGUUCUGCAAGCAUUUAAACAGGUUCAGUUGCUGGUGUCUAAUCAAGAUGUUGAUAACUACAAGCAAAUCAAGGCUGAUCUUGAUCAGCUACGUCUGACUGUAGAAAAAUCAGAAUUGUGGGUUGAGAAGAGCAGCAAUUAUGAGAGUGGAGAGGUGGGCGACAAUCAAACCAAAGGGGGAGAAGAGCCAAUAGAGGAGUCAAAUAUUUUGAGUCCAAUACAGGAUGGGACCAAAAAACCCCAGAUAGACAGCAAUAAAAGCAAUAACUACAAUAUUGUUAAAGAGAUUUUGAUUCGACUCAGCAAACUUUGUGUUCAGAAUAAAAAAUGUCGGAAUCAACAGCAGCGAUUGCUGAAAAAUAUGGGCGCCCACUUGGUAGUGUUGGACCUUCUGCAGAUACCCUAUGAAAAGAGUGAUGAAAAGAUGAAUGAAGUUAUGAAUCUAGCCCACACUUUUCUUCAGAAUUUCUGUCGAGGAAAUCCUCAGAAUCAAGUUCUCCUCCACAAAAAUCUCAGCUUGUUCUUAACUCCAGGGCUCCUGGAAGCUGAAACCAUGCGGCACAUAUUCAUGAAUAAUUACCUUCUGUGUAAUGAAAUUAGUGAAAGAGUGGUGCAGCACUUUGUACACUGCAUUGAGACGCAUGGCCGUCAUGUGGAGUACCUGCGUUUCCUGCAGACCAUUGUGAAAGCAGAUGGCAAAUAUGUGAAAAAAUGCCAGGACAUGGUAAUGACAGAGCUGAUAAAUGGUGGUGAAGAUGUGUUGAUAUUCUACAACGACCGAGCAUCAUUUCCAGUCCUACUCCAAAUGAUGUGUUCAGAGCGAGAUCGAGCAGAUGAGAGCGGACCCUUAGCAUAUCACAUCACUCUAGUGGAAUUGCUAGCGGCUUGUACAGAAGGAAAGAAUGUAUACACAGAGAUCAAGUGCAAUUCACUCCUGCCGCUGGAUGACAUAGUGAGAGUAGUGACCCAUGAUGACUGCAUACCUGAGGUGAAAAUUGCCUAUGUUAAUUUUGUUAACCACUGUUACGUGGACACUGAAGUGGAAAUGAAAGAAAUCUAUGCCAGUAACCAUAUUUGGAAGUUAUUUGAGAACUUCCUUAUUGAUAUGGCAAGGGUUUGUAACACAACCACGGAUCGCAAACAUGCAGACACAUCUCUGGAGAAAUAUGUCACUGAGCCUGUAAUGAACAUUGUGAGUGGCUUCUUCAAUUCACCAUUUUCAGAUAACAGCACCAGCCUCCAGACACACCAGCCUGUUUUUAUUCAGCUGCUGCAGUCUGCUUUUAGAAUUUACAACUGUACCUGGCCAAACCCAACGCAGAAAGCCUCAGUGGAGUCAUGUAUCAAGACUUUGGCUGAAGUGGCAAAGAACCGUGGGAUUGCAAUUCCAGUGGAUUUGGACAGCCAGGUCAACACCUUGUUCAUGAAGAGUCACUCUAACAUGGUGCAGAGGGCAGCCAUGGGGUGGAGAAUGUCAGCCCGCAGUGGACCUCGUUUUAAAGAAGCUCUUGGUGGGCCUGCCUGGGAUUACAGGAAUAUAAUAGAAAAACUACAGGAUGUAGUGUCCUCCUUGGAGCAGCAGUUCACACCCAUGAUGCAAGCUGAAUUCUCAGUGCUGGUUGAUGUGCUGCACAGUCCAGAACUUCUUUUUCCUGAGGGGAGCGAUGCUAGAAUAAGAUGUGGUGCUUUCAUGUCCAAGUUGAUUAAUCACACAAAGAAGCUAAUGGAGAAAGAAGAAAAACUCUGCAUUAAAAUUCUUCAGACAUUACGAGAAAUGCUUGACAAGAAAACUAACUUUGCGGAAGAGGGCAACACUUUAAGGAAAAUACUCCUAUAUCGCUACUUUAAAGGAGAAUAUGGAAGUGGUAUGAAUGGGCCUCUGUCUGCCAGCUACAGCAAAACUGCACAAGUGGGAGGUGGAUUUUCAGGACAAGACUCAGAUAAGUCUGGGGUAACGAUGUUUGAUAUCCAGUGCCUUCUGGAUAAAGAAGGUGCAUCAGAACUAGUCAUAGAUGUUAUAGUGAACACCAAAAAUGACAGAAUUUUCUCAGAAGGCAUUUUGCUUGGCAUUGCGUUGCUUGAAGGUGGAAAUACGCAAACACAGUAUUCAACUUACCAGCAACUGAAGGAGCAAAAAAAGUCAGAAAAAUUCUUUAAAGUCCUGUAUGACCGCAUGAAAGCUGCUCAGCAGGAGAUACGAUCAACGGUGACAGUGAACACUAUUGAUUUGGGGAGCAAAAAGAAAGAUGAUGAUAGUGACCUAACCAUAUCUGUUCCCAAAAAGAGAGUAAAGGAUUCAACCCUGCAUCUGAAAGAGGGUAUGAAAGGACAGUUAACAGAAGCAUCUUCUGCAACAUCCAAGGCUUACUCUGUGUAUAGAAGAGAAAUGGACCCAGAAAUAGAUCUUAUGGGCUCAGGAACAGAUGCUGCAAAUGCAGAAGAGAAGUCCACAGAAGAAGCAAUCAUGAGCCCUGCCAUUGCAAUCAUGCAGCCAAUAUUGAGAUUUCUUCAGCUGUUGUGCGAGAACCACAACCGAGAGCUCCAGAAUUUUUUAAGACAUCAGAACAACAAAACAAAUUACAACCUUGUUUGUGAGACCCUUCAGUUUUUGGACUGUAUCUGUGGAAGCACGACAGGUGGGCUCGGCUUAUUGGGGCUUUACAUCAAUGAGAGGAACGUGGCUCUUGUGAACCAGACGCUGGAAAGCUUGACCGAAUAUUGCCAGGGCCCAUGCCAUGAAAACCAGACUUGCAUAGCCACCCAUGAAUCUAAUGGGAUUGAUAUUAUAAUUGCACUCAUCUUGAAUGACAUAAACCCUCUUGGCAAAUACUGCAUGGACUUGGUGCUUCAGCUAAAGAACAAUGCCUCCAAGCUUUUGCUGGCUAUUAUGGAAAGCAGGCAUGACAGUGAGAAUGCGGAAAGAAUCCUUUUCAACAUGAGACCAAGGGAACUGGUGGAUGUGAUGAAGAAUGCAUAUAACCAAGGCCUCGAAUGUGACCAUGAGGAGGAGAAUGGAGAUGAUGGCAUCUCCCCAAAAGAUGUUGGCCAUAAUAUCUAUAUUUUGGCACAUCAGUUGGCUCGUCACAAUAAAACAUUGCAACAGAUGCUGAAGCCAGGGUCAGAUCCAGAUGAAGGAGAUGAAGCCUUGAGGUAUUAUGCCAAUCAUACGGCACAGAUAGAGAUUGUUCGCCACGAUAGAACGAUGGAACAGAUUGUAUUCCCUGUCCCCAAUAUUUGUGAAUUCCUCACUCGGGAAUCCAAAAGUCGGGUAUUCAAUACAACAGAGAGAGAUGAACAAGGGAGCAAAGUCAAUGACUUUUUCCAGCAGACAGAGGAUCUUUACAACGAGAUGAAAUGGCAAAAAAAAAUUAGGAAUAAUCCACCCUUGUUUUGGUUCUCCAGACACAUUUCUCUCUGGGGAAGCAUUUCCUUCAACCUUGCUGUAUUCAUCAAUUUAGCAGUUGCUCUGUUCUACCCCUUUGGAGAUGAUGGAGAUGAAGGCACACUCUCUCCGUUGUUUUCAGUCCUCCUUUGGAUAGCAGUGGCGUUUUGUACAGCAAUGCUGUUUUUCAUCUCCAAGCCUGUUGGUAUUCGACCCUUUUUGGUGUCUGUUAUUCUCAGGUCUAUAUAUACUAUAGGGCUUGGUCCUACCUUGAUACUUCUUGGUGCUGCUAAUCUUUGUAACAAAAUAGUGUUUCUGGUGAGCUUUGUUGGGAACCGUGGAACUUUCACCCGUGGCUACAGAGCGGUCAUCAUGGACAUGGCUUUUCUCUAUCACGUAGCAUACGUCCUGGUCUGCAUGCUGGGCCUCUGCGUGCACGAAUUCUUCUAUAGUUUCCUGCUGUUUGAUCUGGUGUACAGAGAAGAGACAUUGCUAAAUGUGAUAAAAAGUGUUACCCGGAAUGGUCGUUCCAUUAUCCUCACUGCAGUGCUAGCACUCAUCCUGGUUUAUCUCUUCUCCAUCAUUGGGUUCCUCUUCUUGAAAGAUGACUUUAUCAUGGAGGUUGACAGGUUGAAAAUCAGGACCCCUGUUGCAGGUAUUGGUGAAGUCCCCACUACAACCCUCACAUCAAUGAUGGGAGCCUGUGCAAAGGAGAACUGUUCCACAAGCAUCCCAAUUAUUAACUCAGGUGAAGAGGAGGAGGAUGGAAUAGAAAGGACCUGUGAUACCCUGCUAAUGUGCAUCGUGACCGUAUUAAACCAAGGCCUGCGAAAUGGUGGUGGUGUGGGAGACGUGCUCAGAAAGCCUUCCAAAGAUGAGCCCUUGUUUGCUGCGCGAGUUGUUUAUGAUCUUCUGUUUUACUUCAUUGUCAUAAUUAUUGUUCUAAACCUAAUCUUUGGAGUCAUCAUUGAUACAUUUGCUGAUCUCAGGAGUGAAAAGCAGAAAAAGGAGGAAAUACUAAAGACAACCUGUUUCAUCUGUGGACUGGAGAGAGACAAAUUUGAUAACAAGACCGUUUCGUUUGAGGAGCAUAUAAAGUCAGAACACAACAUGUGGCAUUAUUUGUACUUUAUAGUUCUUGUGAAAGUUAAAGAUCCAACUGAAUACACUGGCCCGGAGAGCUACGUGGCGCAAAUGAUUGUGGAGAAGAAUUUGGACUGGUUCCCUCGGAUGAGAGCCAUGUCCCUGGUUAGCAAUGAAGGCGACAGUGAGCAAAACGAAAUCAGGAACCUGCAAGAGAGGCUGGAGUCAACCAUGAGCCUUGUAAAACAGCUUUCCAGUCAGCUUGCUGAGCUCAAGGAACAGAUGACAGAACAAAGGAAGAAUAAGCAGAGGCUGGGCUUUCUUGGAUCAAACACACCCCAUGUGAAUCAUCACAUGCCACCACCCUGAUACCACGGGGAGAAGCCGUGACUAGCCUUUCAUCAGUAUUCCUGCUUUAUUAUAGAAUAAAAAACUGAGAUUGAGAGGAGUGAACAGUGCCUAUUGUUACAAAGUUAAAAACAACCAAGUGCCAAGAUGUUAAGUGGUUUAGCUCUGGGAACAAUUUGUAGCUGUUUUUCAUGGUUGAAAGGGACCGCAACCUAGAAUGCGAGAGAUACAAGGGAGCUCGUUUGUAUUCGUUCACGGGGCCUGACUCAGCUGCAUUUGCGCUCUGCAACUUGAUGGCUUCGGCGGUAGCUGCUGUGCGCGACAGAGGUCGGGGCAGCGUUUGGCCGCGUCCUUUGAGCUGCCUUCGGACUUCUCCCUAAAGCACUGGGAUAACCAAGAUGAGCAGAAGAAGGAGAAAUGUUUAUUAACGCAAAUACGACAGCCUGGUUCAGAAUCAAUAGAAGUCGUUUCUGGCUUAUUUGCCAAAUGGCAACAUUAGUCAUAUUUGCUUGGCAUUUACUAUUUUUUAAUUACCGUAAAUAUGUCAAUUGGAUGAGCGAUAAUGUUGCUUCAAGGAACUUCUACUAGGAGGGAAAGGGGAGAAACCUCAAAAGACUGAAAAAAAAAAUAAAGAAAAAAAGAAGGAAAAAAAAAGAAAAAAGAGUUGCAAAGAGAAACAUUAACGCUUUUGAAUUUUAGCUGUCACCAUGCAAUUUCUUAUUUAUAACAUGGAGCACAAUGGAUCUACAGCUGUGGGAAUGUUAUGCACAUAACACUGACAACAUAACUGGAAGUGAUUUCUUUCUCCUGGCUUCAGAUGUUCUCCAUUAAUGUGGCUGUGAGAUUUCACAUACUGAGGAGUUAAACUGUAUUUUAAAUUCAAGUUCCAAUGGAGGAUUCGGGAAAAAAAAAAAUUAUACCUGUAGUUUGAAACAUGUAUGGGAUUUUAUUUUUUUUUUAAAAGCUUAGAAAUAUCUUUCCGUAUGGAGCUGUAAUGGUGUCAUUACCUUCCAUAAACUCAUCUUCAGUAAGAGUUGACUUGAGUAAAUAAGCACCAUAUUCUGCCAGCUUUCUCCUGAGCUAAAGAUCAUGGGCUUUUGCCUUUGCCUGCCCUUCCUGCUUUCAGGGGCUUGCAGGACUGGCCUGGCUGGUGGGCGACGGGGGCAAUGCCGGAGGAGCUCCUUCCAGCUCUAGGCUCUACGAAAGGCGGCAGCCAAGUCAGCUGUGCAGGUUUCUGCUGUAUCCUGUAUUUCUUGGGAUGGCUUUAAAAGAAAAGUUACAGGGUUUCCACCGAGCCCGAGAGGGCUCUUCGCUCUUAUCUGAGAUUUCUGGGGCACAAAUGGGAGUCGUGGGCCCAGUUCGCUUUCAUUCUCGGUGGAUUUUGGUUACCUAAUUGUCCUCGGUACAUUUGGAAAUGCACCUCCGUUACCUGGAGUCGCUUUUUAAACCAAAAUAUUUUUGCAAUGAUUUUCCCCCUGUAAUAUUUCUGGUUUGUUAUAAAAGCCAUUUUGAUCAAAGGUGAAAAUAUUAUUGGCUCUGCUAUUUCUAGUUUCUCCCUGAAGAAAUGCCACUGUCUUAUUUAAGGCACAAUUCAAACAGAGUUAGAGUAAAGGGAAGGAAGGGGCAUCUCCCUCUCUUCAUCCCGAAUUCAAACCUGGCUUUGAAAGCCAUCUCUGUUUUUGUGCCAGUGAGGUGGCUGAGAUAAAAAUAAUAUACAUUAGGGUCUGAUUCUUCUGCCAUUAAAACAUUUCCCAUUGGCUUCAAUUGUGUCCUUAAAAAAUACUAUAUGGAAAGCAGGGAUUUGUGUAUUUUACAGGAAGAAAAUCUCUUUCUGUUGACUUUCCUUUAGUCCAUGGAGCAUCCCGGUUAUGAGAGGCGAUGGCUAUUUCCAGCUUUAGGGUCUACUUUUCCUGCAAGAAAUUCUCCCAAAUCCAGCCAGCGCUCUGCCUCCAUGCGGUAAGGUGAAGAGCAAGUGGUGGUGAUCAGAAAUGGCACAAGGCCAAGGAAAGUGAGUGGUGGGAGACUAAAUUUUCUGCAACUCCUCUGCUGGUGGGCUCGCAGCUUCCCAGGCAGAGGGAGUGCAUGGAGGCAACGGGAGCUGGACUGAGCUGGUCGAUGCUGUGGGUUUGCUUCCGAGGCUGGAGUAACCUUUUCCACUCCAAAGACCAGACAACAGUCUGGUCUUUGGAGAGCAGAGCAGAUGCGGCUGUGGCACGGGGAGCUGAUGGUAGGAAAGCUGCUAGGUCAAAGCAGAAUACAGAAAAGCAGUUGUCUUCAAUGAACGACUGAGAUAUUUUAGGAAUAAAGCUUCGAGUGUGCCUUUCCUUCACGCUUACUAUGUAUGAGGUCUCGAUGCUACUGCUCCAGCAUCACUGUGGUGGUGAAAACCCCUUCCGUAAGCCUCGCCUGUCAGUGAGGAUGGGGCUUCACAUACCAGUUAGUGUUCAGCACCAAGAGACUUGCAGUGAAUUGAUUCUGGGAGUUUGCAUCAGCCACAUGCCAUGCAGUAACCAGCCGCUGGUGUAAGAUAAAGCCAGAUUUGCCUCUCUGACUAGACUUACUGUAUAUCACGAAGCCAAAGAAGUUGCAUGCAAAUGUAAAGUCAGUGGUAAGUUGGUAGAGAAUGAGAUCCUGCAGCUGUAUUAACUCAAUGUAGUUUAUGCAGUUUGUCAGAUCUAGUCACAAUUUCUGUUUCAACAGCAAUUUCCUCUUCCUCACACAUAUACUUAUUAGAGGCAUAAAGCACAGUUUAACGUUAAGAUAAAUUAAAUGAUCGCUAUUUAUUGGGGGGUGGGCAGUUGGCUAAUACUGGAAGUGGGUGGCACUUUUCUUGUUUACACUCGCAAAAAGCAGCUGGACCGCUGCACAUCAAGGGAGCUUUCUGCUGUUGGAGCUGGAAAAACUUGAGACUCGGUGUGUUUGUGCCCUGAGCUCAGGCCUGCAGUUGCAUGCUGCUGGUGCUCUCUCUCUGUCCUGCACCCCGACCGAUGUCUCCAAGGCUGAAAGGCUCAAGAGCCCAAAUACUGCUCUUCAGAAGGGAGAGCUACAAUGUCAAAAACAAAGAGCUGACAGAUGCCAAUUAGACUUUGCCACGGUGCCUUUCUGCUGUUGAUAGCUUCCAAGAGAGACCUCUGCAAUCAGUAACAGUAGGUGAUGCUACUUGCACAGAUUGUAAAUAUAUUUCACUGAGCGUUUUGACAUUUUUGCUGAUUCUGUCAAAACUUAAGCCCUGCCCUGUGAGCAAUCUGUACACUCGCACGUGGUAACUUAAACAGGAGACUUCUUACGUGAAUAAUAGUUGCAGGGCCAGAUCCCAAGCCUUAAAGAUUGUGAAAUAUCCCCGUCAAUGAGUUUUUAACAAAAAUCAUUGUUUUAUACAUAUAUUUAUAUGUAUAUCUUUGUUUAAUGCAGCUGGGAUAUCCUCUUCGUAGGCAAGCAUCAUUUACCUUACCUAUUUAUAUGAAAUAAUUGCAAAGAAGUUAAAACAUCUAAGAGCUUUCAAUGCCUUAGAGGGAUUUAUAAUUAUAAGCUCCUUGACAGUUAAAAAUCUACUUAAGUAAAUAUGUCCAUUGCUGCUGAAUGUAACUUUUAAUAAAGUGUGUCAUUUUA